CAUCGUUUAGAUUUAUCGUUAUAAUCACUAAGCGUGUUCCGGCAGUACUACGUUUCUUCAAUUAUUUUUCUAUCCUUAUCUUUUAAAUUUAUAAGCAUGUAUAGACUAUUAAUAUUAUAACCUUGUAUAUUGAUCUUCAUGCGUGGUAAUCAUUAAUGCCCUCAUGCGUAGCGUGUUAGCAUGGUUGCCACUAUCCAGGAGCUUUGUAUUUUUAUCUUGACCCUAAUCUGUGUAUAAAUAGAGAGACAGCCACAUAUUUUUGCAACGCAAUGUUCUUGCGAAUACCUGUUACUACAAGAAUUACAUAGUCAUAAAGAUAGUAAGCUGAUAUCUUUAGACACAAAAUUGAUUAUAUGGCAUGAUAAUCAAAUCGAAGAACAUUGCGUGAAAUUGAAAGAAAUUGGAUUGGCCUACUCCGAUCGAUUAUUUGAUUGACAUGUUCAGUGCUGAGCUUCAAAGAAACAAACUUUGUUCAGCUUCAUAAAUAAUUCAUUGUACAAAAUAAAAUAAAAACUGAAAUGGCCCUGCAGUUCGACACUGUAUACAGUAGGUAUCAGCAUAAAGAACAGAGCGCAGCAGCCGAUAUAGAUAACGAGGCUUAUACCGAGUGCACGGCGAGUAGCGCUGUCCGAGUUGAGAAAGUAAAAACUGGAAAGGUGCGUGCUGAGCAAAGUAUACACAAAAAAUACUAGUCUGAAGCGCGCCACAGAGGCACAGGCACAGGAAGGCAAGUUUGGACAAUCAGCUGUCCAACGCUGCUGAAAGGCAGAAAUUCCCCACUUAGGCUGCUUUCUGGAAAUCGAGAUGUCGGCCGACGUGAGCAGCCAUGGUAGUCGGCUGCCCGCCUUGCCACGAACGAUGUCGCGUUAUACUAACAACAGCAGCGCAUCGUCCAACCGAGAAGGCCAUAGCGAGACGGAUGCUCCGUUGCCUUCUUACGGAGAGUUAAUUGGCAGUGACAAUCCCGUCGCUUUCAAGACUGACGUGCUGCUACUGCCCGCCAAUACAGCGGAUCAAGGCCAAAGCACUGCCGACGCACCUAAUCACCAAUGCGAAAACGCGCCGCGCUUCUCUAUUUGCAAGCCCAACAGAACAGGAAUUAUUCUUGUUUUAAUAGCUUUAAUAAUUAUACCGAUGUGCGGUAUGAUAAUCAUUCUUCAAAUAAAAGUAUGUGCCACGGAACAAUCUCAAUUUACACAAUCUAUAGAUAAAAUAAAUGGUUCAUACGGUGAAUGCACGGACGAAUUGUCCGCCUUACAAGAUAAUCAAUAUUUGCAAGAAAAUCUAAUUAGAGACUUAAAAUAUCAGGUACAAAUAUUGACUGAUAAAAUUAAACGUCUUCAACAACAAUUUAUAAAAAAGGACCCAAAAAGUAUUGAAGAAUAAUUGGAAAUAAAAGAGGACACGUCUCAGAGAAAAAACAAAUUAUUGAAGCAAUUCAAUUUACAUAAUGUUAAGCACUGAAACUGAUAAAACAGUAUAUUUUAUAGCUUAUAUGAUGAAGAUUAUUCUUUGCAAGAAUACGUACCUGUGUAAAUCAACAAACUUUAUAGGUCUACUAUAAAAUGAUAUAUACUGAAGCUAAUCGUAUUAUAGAAAAUAUCAUGAUUUAUUAUUUAGUAAAACUAUACAGUAAUUAUCAGUGAAAACAUUUUUGUACGCAAAAAAUGUUGCUAAAAUGUUAUUGUCAACAUUAUUUCGCAUGAUUUACAUUUGUAGCUUCAACUUUUGUUAAGUUAUGAUUCUUAUGAAAAAACAAUUUUUUUAAUAAUUGUACAAAGA